AUGAUGGGAGAAACACUGGAGGAAAAGGACGUGAGCUGUCAUCCAGAGGGAUGCUACGCCGUCUUCCUCCAGAGAAGAACCUUCAGGGAGGCUGGGCGGAGCUGCAGGGAGCGAGGGGGCACCUUGGCAACCAUGCAUGACGAGAAGAAAGCCGGCUUCAUCCACGACCUCCUAUUGGCUGUCAAAUCGCAGGGGACCAAGACGCGCUUCCGUCUGUGGAUCGGACUCCACAGGCCGCCACGCCAGUGCUCCUCCACCAGACCCCUGAGAGGAUUCGUCUGGGUCACAGGAGAUCACGACGGAAAGUUCACCAACUGGCUGCGGGAGGAGUCCAGGAGUCCAGCCACUUGCGCCGCCCCCCGCUGUGUGGCUGUGGUGGUCCAAAGCGAGAGCACCACUGCCGACAACCUGAAGUGGCUGGACGGCUCCUGCGGUCUGGCGCUGGACGGAUACGUGUGCCAGUUCAACUACAAAGGGAUGUGCCCGCCGCUGACGGAUGAAGGUCAGGGCCCGGUGGUCUACACCACGCCCUUCCACCUGGUGAGCAGCGUGCUGACUCACGUGCCCCAGGGGAGCGUGGCCGAGGUCACAUGCCCGGCAGACAGCGCAGAUCCAUCCGGCGAAACUGAGGAGACGGUUCUGUGCAUGGAGAGGGACGACGAGACGGUGGGCUGGUCCCGGGACGCCCCCCUCUGUUCGGCCGACGGGGAGCUGAAAGGCGAGGACUGGUGCAGCCAGGAUCACGGGUGUGAGCAGUUUUGCCAGAACACGGACACUGACUACUACUGCUACUGCGCCGAAGGCUUUACCCUGGAUGAGGACGGCUACGGGUCCCAUGUCAAGGAAGUGUGCCUUAACAUGGGCUGCGAGUACGACUGCGUGGAGACGGCCCGCGGGACCCGCUGCACCUGCCCGCACGGCUUCCAGAUGGCCCCAGAUGGCCGCAAGUGCCUGGACGUGGACGAAUGCCGACAAGACCCCUGCCCUCAGGUGUGCGUCAACAUCCCAGGCACCUUCCACUGCACCUGCGACUCGGGCUACCAGCCGGAUGACGACGGGGAGUGCGUGGACGUGGACGAGUGCCUGGACGAAGGAAGCUGUGAUGGCACGUGCGAAAACACGCUGGGGUCCUUCAAGUGUUUGUGCAACCCGGGCUACCAGCCUGGGCCCAGAGGCGAGUGCGAGGACGUGGACGAAUGCGUGGGGGAGUCGCCAUGCCAGCAGCAGUGCCUCAACUACAUGGGAGGCUACCAGUGCUACUGCGACCAGGGCUACGACCUGCAGGCCGACGGACUGAGCUGCCAGCCCUCGCCGGAGGACGGGGAGUACUCCACGCUCACCCCGGAGCCCGGAGACUCGGUCCAGAUACUUGACCUGGAUGCUGACCAUGUUAAAUCCUGGUCCGGGUCAUUCACGCCGAACCCUCACUUUGAGUCCAACGGCAACUUUGACACUCAGUGGCUGACGGAAGCCCCAAACAGACAUGUCCCUGACCUGCACCAUGGAUCCGAAAACCACCUCAACCAAUGGGACGCUGCGGUGCCGAAGUACUACCAAACAGUCCCGUCCCCGACACAACCGGCCGGCAACGAAAUCGAUCACGAAGCAGAGGCAAAGACCAGAGUGGCGGAAGCUGACGUUCCUCAAGGGGCUGCCGCCGCGGAGGUGAAGGACAUGGGCUCCAAAACAGACGGCGAUGUGAGCCACGUCGUGGGAGCGGGGGGCGUGUCUGAGGCGGGCAGUCGGAAGAGCGACAAGAGCUGGCUGUUGGUGGCCCUGCUGGUGCCGCUGUGUGUGUUCCUGGUGGUGAUGCUGGCCCUCGGAAUCGUCUACUGCACCAGCUGCGCCAUCGACAAGAGCCUGAGCUUCUCCAACUGCCACCGCUGGAUACUCCCCACCACGCCUCCCAACAGAGGAGACGGGAAAACCCCGGCUUGA